UUUCUUGAGUGAUAACUAAUUUCUGAGUGGAGGGGACACUUGAGGAAGCAGCACAAGAUGCAUGUGGAGGGCUUUGUCUCCAGGAUGAUACAAGGAUAAACUCCCAAACUGAUCUUUCCCCUUGAUGAGACAAACACACUCCAGAAAAACCUACAACACUAGUCUGCUGAUGUGAGGAACAAAUAAAAGCUGUUGCUUCAACAGCACACGAAAUGUUUAGUUGUUUAGUGUUGGUUAUCCUUAUUCUACAACCUUCCAUUCCACUCAAACAUCUAAAAUGUGCCACCGGGCCAGCAGUGACUGAGCAGGACAAGCCUUGAACACCAGGUGAACAAACAAACUCCUCAUCAUGGAGUGCUUGGACCACCUUCAGUAUCCAGCAUGGAUUAAACCUCCAUGCCAAAUUCCAUGAGGGGUGUGCAGGACUGGAUGAGGUAUCAAGGCUGCUGAUGGGUUUUCCUGCAUUUUCAAAGUACCACAAACAAAUCUCAGCUGUUUUCUGUGACCAUAGCCUGGCUCCUUGGCCUGGAGGGGUAACAUGAUGCUGUACUGCAAGUACAUCACCACCAGAUCUUCUGGAGCUGUGGAGUCCUUGCAGAUGUCUCUGCCCCCUUUCUUCUGUGCUGCUACUGGACAGUGUUCCUCAUCCUGGAAGCCAGUGUUAAAAGUGUGAGCAGUAUUGCUGUUCCACUUGGGUUGUUAUUCAGGCAAGAAAAAUAAUUUUCAAAGGCUGUUUGUUAAAAUACAGGAGCUUGUUAGACAGCACAAGUUCCUGGGAGCAGACAGUGUUUUUGAUAAGAUUGAGAGUUGCUCAACCCAGGUGCUGUUCUCAAGGCCAAGGUCUAACAAACAUUUCUCAGAUCAUAGUGCAGCUCAAGAGCUGGGUGGGGGGAGGCACCACCAGAAUCCACCCCAUGACUAAAGACAACUUCUCUUGCUCCACAGAGUGGCCAUGUGUUCACCUCUUGCCUCUGUGCCUAUAAACAGGGAUUUAUUAUGUCCAGCUUAAAAAUUGUGAGAAAUUUUUGAUCAGGUUAGCUAAAUACUGUGAUUUUUAAGACUACUGAAAGUGAGGGAACAGUAUUAUUUAUGCAAGGACAUCUGUGGGACAGUGCAGUCUGUCUAGCUAAUAUAAACACUCCAAUAUAUAGAACACUACAGUACAUUAGGCAUAAAAUGACAGAAAUCAGAAAAAUUACAGCAGGAUGCAAUGUUAGAUCUGGAAUUCCUGUUGCAGUGGGUGACCACCCAACACAAUCCCACCAGUGGUGUUCUCCAUUUCUCAUCACAUGAUGUAUCUCUUCUGUAUCUGAUGAACAAUGAUUAGAGCUCUGUGUCCAUUCCUUCAGACACCUUCCAGCAGUCAACACAGCUCGUCAUGCUGCAGUAAUCUUUCCACCAGUGCAAGGUUCAUUCCAGUGGGGGUGAGCAGGAAAUCUUGCUGGGAUGUAUAGGUAGGUUGUAGCAAUUCAUGGAUUGUGACAGAGCUGAAUAGUUGAAGUUGCAUCCCCUAAUUUUGGAGAAAACUACAAACCCAAAUGUUUGAGUGAUGGCUUAUUUCUACAGUGGUGUGGUGUCCAUGGAAUCACAGAUAGUUCUUAAUCUUCCCAAUGUAUAUAAGUACAGUUUCAAGCAUUUCAGCAGGACGUAUUUCAAAAUGACAAACAUUUUGUUCAGUGCCAAGACAAAUGUCUUGGACAUUAGUGGUGUUCCUUUCACAAAUAAAUCCCUGUUGUUCCUGUACAACACACAUCAACAGUGACAGCUUGCCAUUUGUUCCUAUUUUGUUGGGCCCAUACUCUGUGUUGUAUUGGAAAUAAUUCCAUGGUGAUUUAACCCCAGUGCAAUGGGUGGGUAUAUGAGGUUUACCAAAGCACUGUGUAUUGUUAAAGCAAAAGCUGUGGCUUUACUGUUGGUAGGGUCAGAAGUGAAGUUAACUAGAUGCCACCAAGGCUGAAAUUCUAAUUAAAAUUUGUUUGCAUUAGCCCUGAUUACCUCUUACAUUUCAGUGGUCAAGGUACCUCCAUAGCUUUCCCUUAUAAGUUGCUGUUGCAGUGAAUUGUGUGCACCACAGAGUUUGGAUGUAGCUGUAGACAGGGAGACCUGCAGGCUCCAGAAUGAGGAGGAGAGUGAAGAGGAAGGAGCCUGCUGGCUGUGUCCAUCUUGCUCCACUUGCUAUCACCUCCCAAGUGGGAUGCUUGGACACCUGGGCCUGUGGGAUCUGCCUGCCCAGGAGAGAAGGGAACCAUUGCAGGGAACUGUGAGAGGCCCCUGUGGUUCCCACCCCAUCAGACAUGGAGAAGAUAAGGAAGAAAGCGGAAGCCAGUGAAAAGAGACAUCACCAAGGCAGAGCAAGAAGCUCUUCCCAGCCCCUCUGAGUGCUCCCCCUGAGCCACCCCCUCCUUUGGGGUCUGCAUCCCUUGUGCUUUUGGGGAGCUGCUGUCCCUUCUUGGCUGCUGAGGAUGUGCUGAAGGCCAAGCCCUGCCUGCAGUGCCCUGUGCCAGCCUGGCUGGGCCCUGUGCUGCCCCUGGCUCUCUGCAGACCAUGGUGGGGACAAAGGACCUGGUCACCAGAGAGCCUGCCCUGGCUCACCCAGGACAUCCCCCUCUCCAAGGUCAGGGCUCUGUGCCAGGAGAUCUGCAAGGAGAUCCAUGACUUGAUGGCAGAGCACAUGGCAGAGAACAUCUGGACCCUCCAGGAGUCCCUUGACUUGGUGAGCUGCCACUGGUGUCCCCUGGGGCUGCCCCUCACUGCUCUGCCCUGCUGCCCCUGCCCUGCAGCCCUUGGAGGCUUCCAGGGUGAAGGGACCAGGAGGGAAGAGUGGGAAGGGUGUCCUAAGAGUGGAAUGUGGGAAUCAGCCCAACCCACCUGAAGCCCCCUACACUCCUGCCAGCCUCUCUCCAGCCCCAGGGAAGGUGACAGAAUGGCGUGCUGAGAUGUGCUGCAGGAUUUCCUGGGGGGCAGCAAAGCAGAGGGAGGAAGAGGAGACCAAGGUCUGCCAGUGGAGUGGGACUGCAACCCCCAGUACCUCCAGCCACUGCCCCAAGAAAAAGGCCGUGCUGAGGGUGACAGGAGAAACAGCAGGAGCUGGUGUCAGCUGGGGCCAGGCUGCAUUGACACCCCACCACAGCUCAUGGGUGUACAUGGGCACCUGAAACCCUUAGCUGGGAAGGAACCUUCUGAAAUUCAGCAAAGAUCAGCAGCAAUGGCAACACUCACUCUGGGCACGAUGCUGGAUGUUGCCCUCGGGUCAUCAAGAGCUGGAGCUGUCGACUUUGAGCAGCUGUACAACCUCCUGAAUGGGAUGCUUUUGCACCUGGGCCUGCGGGAUCUGCCUGUCCAGGAGAACGGGGAACCACUGGAGGGGGCCGAGGGAAGCCCUUUCUCUGCCGCUUUCCUUGAGGAGUUAAUGCGGAAAGUGGAAGCCAAUGAAAAAGAACUCGCUGAGGUCCGGGCUCGUUGCCAGCAGCUCAAUGAGGAGGUCACUGAGAUGAAGGUGGAGCAGUCCCGCAUGACAGAGGACAUGCAGAGGAUGAAGGAGAAUUUUGGCGUGGACUCGCUGGAUGACCUCCGUAACCAGCUGCUGGAAAGUGUCAUGUCCGCCGUGAGGGACAUGUUGAUGGGCGACCAAGACUCCCCAGAUCAGCCUAGCUCCAGGCAGAUAAAUCCGUUGGAUGACGACGAGCUGAUUGUCAUCGGCAAUGAAAUUACCCUCGUGGAAAGGACACCCGUACCAAGGCCUGUCAGCCCCCUGCCCCCCAAGGCCGAGACAGAGGACAGAGAGAAGGAUUCCCUGGAGGCAACUACGAGCAGCCACCCAGUCUCCUUCGGGGCAGAUGACGUGGGACAGAUCAAGGAUGAAGAGAUCAAGAUAAGUAUCUCUGAGGCAGAGGCUCUUCCCAGCCACCUGGAUGUUCCCCCUGAGAUGACCGAUGUGGGAGAGAUCAAGGAUGAAGAGAUCGAGAUGAGCAUCUCCAAGAAAAAGAGUUUGGAUGACAGAGUCACCGCCUCGAGAAUGCAUCCAGGAGCCCCUGGCACCCACCCCCCAGUCCAGCGGGUGCAGUCAUUACGAGGCACCCCAGGAACCCAGACCCCCAGGAUCCCAGGGGAGAGUGUGGCUGGGACCAGCAGCAAGCUCCUGACACCCAAGGAGGAACAUGGAGGAGGCAGCUCCAGGAUGGAGUCACCCCCAGCUAAACCUGGAAUGAUGGUCCUAAAGGUGCCCUCUUCCAAGUACUCACCUUGUGAGCCGCUUGUGCGCUUACGCUCUGAGAUCCCAUCCACGCCACCGCUAUCCCCUGGCCUCUCCGGGCGCCUGUGCCAUGCUCGCAAGCAGUACCAAACACAGGAGCAAAGGGAGCAGGCAGCUGACGGGUAUUCCCGCAGAUCACCGAUGUACUGUGGGGGUAAACACACCAGCACCUACCCCGUGCAGCCCAUGGAGCCCCUGCUUCCAGACCCCAACAAGCCCGGCGUGAUUGAACUGGUGGGCAAGGAUGGACUCGUGUACCGGGGCCGGGAUGCCUAGGGGAUCUGAGCAAGCAACUGCAGCCUGCAGAAAUAAAGGGUGACGAGCAGCCAAGCACCUCCUGAACGCAGCAGGAUCUUCCCUUCAUGCACAAAGAGGAGGCAGCAGCAUCCCUCGUCCUGAAAACAGCCCCUGUGGAACCCCCUCUCAGGGUCUGUGUCAGCCCCACAGUGUCGUGCACCCCCGGCCCUCACGAGCCCCACUGCCAGGGGAGCCUGUGGUCCCAAAAGGGUCCGGGACAGCAGGAGGAGGAGGAGCUCGUGGAAAAGGGGAAAAUGGGGACCUCAGUGGGAAGGACAGCAGCAAAACACAGUUCGAUGCCAAAAGCAAAUCCCACCCCAAGCCUCUGGUUUGCUGUUGCUUAUCCCCCAGGAUGAGCAUCACUGAGCUGCCUUCCUCAUCUCCAAGUGAAGAAACCCCCUCUGUCACCCCCUCAUCCCUCUUGCAGUGCUGCCACUGAUUGAAGGCACAAACCCCUCUGCUCCCCACCUCCAACCAACACCCCACAACCCCAGGAGAUGGACACGUCCCCUCCUUUCCCUUGUGCCACCCCGAAGCCCCCCCUCACCGUGGGUGGGAGGAAGCCCCAGUGUGUGCUGAGACUGAACACAAGUGGUGUCACGGGGAGUACCGGGCAGGGAAACCCCGAGCCCUGGAGCAGCACGGGGGAAAUGAGGGGUGUCACAGCUGGGGACACAAGGCUGUGUGCGCAGGGGGCUGGGGAUGUCCCCUCUACACACGAGCAGUGACACUUCCUGGGGGGGACACAGCUGGUGGCACCUCUCGGGUGAGUGGGAGGGUGAGAAAACUUGAGGGGAACCCCAGAAGAACCUGGGGAGGACCCAGAGCUUAUGGGGGACAUUCCCUGGGGAAUCCUGGUGGAUGUCCCCAAACCUUCCCCCCACAGGGACAGCCUCCAUGCCUGGUCUGCUCCACUGUACUCCACAGGCAUCUCAGCUCCCAGGGAGAUCCCCCUGGAAUGUUCUCCCUGGUGAGUUUGGUUUUUCAGGGGAAAACCAGGUACUCAAAACCUGCUUUGGGGGUACUGAGGUGGACACAGCAGGAUCUGGGAUCCCCCCAGUGCCACAGUAGGGUAACAGGAGGCCCCAGGAGGAUAACUGGGCACCAGAGCAGAGCCAACAAAGAGCCAUCCUGCACUCCUGACUGGGAUUGAGGGGCUUAAAAACAAACCCCUUUGGGACCAAUUGGAUUGGCAGGACAUGGCCCAGCUGGGGUCACCUCUUUGGUGCUCAUCAUCCCCCUGCCCCUUUUGCUGCCCCAGGAUCCAGAUGCACCCUAUAAACACCCCCACAGCCCUGCACACCCCAAACACACCCCCAGCCUUGGGCAAUCCUUGGAGCAGGUAAGGAACUCCAGACAGAGGAUUUGCCUUUGCUCCUUGGAGUUUGUGCCAUCCUGAGGACCUCCCCAUCCCUGCAGAAAACUUUGGACUGUGCCUUGAGCCUCCCAGUGUUUCCUGGCAUUUCCAGAGCUGCUGUGCUCCCAUUUUAGAGGUUUUAUGCAGACAGGGGUGUCAGCUGCACCCCGGCACAUGGGGACUCCUCGCUGUGCUGGAACAGCACCCCCAUGGCCUUGGGUCUUCCCUCUGAUCCCCCUUUUUGGGGACAGCAGUGGUGGUUUGUGCAGGCAGAGCACAGACUCAGUCUCCACUGGUGACGCUGCUUCACAGAGGAGUCACCCCCAUUUUCAGUGCCCUACCAGGGACACCCUCUCAUCAAAGAGAAAAGGCAGGGACAGCUGGUGUUAAAAAAGUGAUUUUUUUUUUUAAAUUUUUAUUAUUUUUUAAAUUAAUAAAAAACCUUCAACCUGUUUUUUGCUGGGUCUUUUUUCUCUCUUUUUUUUUUUUUUUUGGUUUGUUUUUCUGUUCGUUUUUUUUAAGCAACAUUGAUUUGAAAACUAAAAAACCCCCAGCUCCCCCCUGCCUGGGGAAGCGCCACGUAAGGCGGUCACAGGGACAGGGGGACAUCACUUUGAUAAACCCCCAAGCCCUGGGGGUGCUGAGGGAGGGAGGACGGGGUUGGGGGCAAGUCCAGGAGGGUCUGUGCAAGAAGCUGGGCUGAAUUUCGGGAGCCAGAGAGCUGCAUUUGUCCUGGGCACUGCAACAAGUGCCCAGGGAAGCCAGAGCUGGGAAGGGUGUCCAGUGGCUCCACGUCCAUGUGGCCAUGAUCUGGGGUGCCAACAGCCACCUCCAUCCAUUUAUUUUUGUUAUUCCUGUCCUCCCCUCUCCUGCCCUGAUGUAGAGAUGCUGGGUGGGGAUAGAGCCAUAGAGAAAACCCCCCCAAACA